AUGUGGUGUAUUUCCAUCAUUGAGAAUACUAAGGAAUCAGGAAUUGUCAUGGAGCUAGAGAUGAAUUGGGAUGCCAAUCCAAGUAUCAUACUUGCUGUAAAAACUAGACUUGGUGUCGCGCUUCCAAUACAGGUGAAGGACAUUGGCUUUACAGGCGUCUUCCGCUUGAUUUUCAAACCACUAGUUGAAGAGCUACCUUGCUUUGGAGCUGUUUGCUUUUCUCUACGACAGAAGAAAAAGCUGGAUUUCAGACUGAAGGUCAUUGGUGGCGAAAUUUCUUCUGUACCUGGAAUUUCAGAUGCUCUUGAGGACACUAUAAAAAAUGCAAUUGAAGAUUCAAUUACAUGGCCAGUAAGGAAAGUCAUUCCUAUUAUACCUGGGGAUUACAGUGAUCUGGAACUGAAGCCUGUUGGUACCUUGGAAGUCAAGCUUGUGCAGGCAAGAGAUUUGACAAACAAAGAUCUGAUAGGAAAAUCGGAUCCUUUUGCCAUUGUAUAUGUACGCCCAUUACCAGACAAAAUGAAGAGAAGUAAAACAAUUAACAAUGAUCUGAACCCUAUCUGGAAUGAACACUUUGAGUUUACUGUUGAAGAUGCUGAUACUCAGAGUGUAACCGUGAAGAUUUAUGAUGAUGAUGGCAUUCAAGAAUCUGAAUUGAUUGGCUGUGCUCAAGUCAGGCUGAAGGAUCUACAACCAGGCAAAGUGAAGGAUGUCUGGCUAAAACUUGUAAAAGAUCUGGAGAUUCAAAGGGACAGGAAAGAUCGGGGUCAGGUGCACCUUGAGCUGCUCUACUGUCCAUUUGACAUGAAGGAAGAGGCGCCAAAUCCUUUCAGCCAACAGUUUUCGAUGACUUCAUUGGAGAGAACAAUGACAAGCAUGGAAAAUGGAUCAGGGGCCUCUAGUUUUGAUAGGCUGUCUUCUAGAAAGAAAAGGGAAAUCAUCAUACGAGGAGUUCUUUCAGUAACAGUGAUAUCUGGGGAGGAUCUGCCUGCGAUGGAUAUGAAUGGAAAAUCUGACCCAUAUGUAGUACUUUCUCUCAAGAAGACAAAGACAAAGUACAAGACAAGGGUUGUGAACGAAAGCUUGAACCCAGUAUGGAAUCAGACUUUUGAUUUUGUCGUUGAAGAUGGCUUACAUGACAUGCUUAUGCUGGAAGUAUAUGACCAUGACACUUUUCGUAGAGAUAACAUGGGGCGGUGCAUCCUGACCUUGACAAAAGUUUUGCUGGAAGAAGAGUACAAGGAAAGCUUCAACCUGGAGGGAGCAAAGAGUGGGAAGCUGAACUUGCAUCUGAAGUGGUCGCCACAACCAAUCAUGCGUGAUUCGCGAGAAGCGGACAGCUUAAGGUUCAGAUAA